UCAAUUACUUUGCAGGUUUUUAAUUUGCAACGAAUCGCUAAUUUUAACGCAAUGUUUCAAUCAUUGCAGGUAAUGAUAUUUACCCUAUUACUCCUGGGAGUAGUAUUAUUGGUAAAUGCUCAAAAUGAUGGACGCUACAAGCCACCACCAAAACCAAAAAACAAUGGUGAUGGUCGUUAUCGUCCUGCCGGCGAUGGCAAAUAUCGUCCCAGUAAUGAUGGUCGUUACCAGGGCGGUAAUGAUGGUAGAUACAUGCAUGUGGAUGUUAAAUAUGUGCAUGAUGCGAAAGAUGGAGGACAAUAUAGUGGUGAUAGUAGUAAAUAUCAACCUGAUACUAAUCGCGGCGGUCCAGGUGGAGGUGCUGGUGGUGGAGCUGGGGGCGCUGCUAAAUCAGCUUCUGGUCUAGGGGCAGCAAAAUCAGGAUCUGGCAGUUCUAAUGCUGGGCGGUCAGGCUCAGGCAAUUCCAAUGCUCUUAAUGCGGCCGCUUUAGCUAAACCAUCAGUCAAGGGCAAAGGUACCGGUGAAGGUGGCAAUGGCUGGGCCAUAAUACGUUUGGAAGAUAAAGUAGAGCAAGAUGGUUAUCAUUAUCUUUACGAAACUGAAAAUGGAAUUUUGGCUGAGGAGGCUGGUAAAGUAGAAAAACUACAAACUGACGAUGGUUUGCGCUCCAAAGGUUUUUAUGAAUACACUGGUGACGAUGGUCUUCUAUAUCGUGUGGAUUAUGUGGCCGAUGACAAUGGUUUUGUACCCCAAGGUGAACAUAUUCCAACAGCACCGCCCUAUGUUGCCAAGUUAUUGGCUUAUUUGGAGGCAAAUGCUGAUAAAAAUAGAAAAUAAAUACGUAUUUAUUUGUGUAAUUAUUAGAAAUCCAAGUAUUUUAGAUUGUGUUUCUUUUUAACUAAUUGAAAAUUAUUUUUCUUUUGUAACAAUUAUAAGUAUUUUUUAAUAAAGUGUAUACUAAAAUAACCAAAA